AAAACUUAAGUUUCUUAUCCUCCCUUGUUCUUACAUUGGAGUGACUAACCUAACCCCUUGAGAAGCUAAGUUAUCUUUUUUCAGUUAUGGAUAGAGUAAAGGAUUUGGCUUCAAAGAAGGCUGCUGUUAUAUUUACAAAGAGUUCAUGUUGCAUGUGCCACAGCAUCAAGCAACUUUUCUAUGAGCUUGGAGCAAGCCCUGCAGUGCAUGAGCUUGAUAAUGAGUCUUAUGGGAGGGAAAUGGAGUGGGCUUUGAGGGGUCUGGGAUGUAACCCUUCGGUCCCAGCAGUGUUCAUUGGCGGAAAAUUUAUUGGCUCGUCAAAAGACGUGAUAUCCCUCCAUGUUGAUGGAUCUCUGAAGCAAAUGCUCAUGGAUGCAAAGGCCAUCUGGUUUUAGUUACAAGUUACAGCCAGAGCUCUAUAGUAUAUACCUGGAAAAAUACUAAAUGUUAUGAUACGAAACACAAGAAGUGGUAGUUAUUAUCUACAACAUUUCUUGCAACUUUUCAACGUAACAUAUAGCAUUGCCGGUACACCAUUCCAUUUCUUGAGUGUCCUGUUUAGGUUGUAUUUGAAGAAGUCUGUAUAAAAAAUAGACUUUGUUUUCGGUAUUUUCUAAAAAGGCUUGAAUUUACAUGUCUACUAAAUCAUAUGAAACUUGAUCAUGUGCAUUGAAGUUCUGAGGGAAAAC